AAAUUACAGGAGAGCUUCGGACAACAGAUCUUCUCUUCAGUUCACCAGAAAUUACAGGAGAGCUUCGGACAACAGAUCUUCUCUUCACUUCUUGACUUCACCAUGGGGAACUUCGUUACCUGCUGUCGAAGCUUCUGGUGCAGAGCCAAAAACCCUGAUGUCCGGAUCAGUCUGCCUCUGGUCUGCUUCGUGUGGCAGAUUGCCAUGAUUAUCCUGUUUGGACUGUUUGUGCGUUAUGAUGAUGAGUCGGAUGCACACUGGUCUGAGCACAAGCUUAAGAACAACAUCACGAGCGACAUUGAGAACGACUUCUACUACAGAUACCCAAGUUUUCAGGAUGUGCAUGUGAUGAUCUUUGUGGGUUUUGGCUUUCUCAUGACCUUCCUGAAGCGCUACAGCUUCGGUGGAGUCGGAUUCAACUUUCUCAUCGCUUCCUUUGGUCUGCAGUGGGCUCUUCUCAUGCAGGGCUGGUUUCACUCUCUGGUUGAUGGCCAAAUCAAGAUCGGAAUUGAAAAUAUCAUCAAUGCUGACUUCUGUGUGGCUGGAUGUCUCAUUGCUUAUGGAGCUCUGCUGGGAAAAGUCAGUCCAGUGCAGCUGAUGGUCUUGACACUAUUUGGCAUCACACUGUUUGCAGUUGAGGAAUACAUCAUUCUUCAUAUUCUCCAUGUUCGGGACGCUGGUGGAUCCAUGGUCAUCCACACUUUUGGAGCAUAUUACGGCCUGACAAUAUCAUGGAUUCUUUAUCGACCGAAACUAGACCAAAGCAGUCUGAAUGGAUCUGUCUACCACUCUGAUGUCUUUGCUAUGAUUGGGACCCUCUUCCUCUGGAUGUUCUGGCCCAGUUUCAACUCUGCCAUCGCAGAUCAUGGAGAUGGACAACAUCGGGCCGCCAUAAACACCUACCUUGCUCUUGCUGCUUCAGUCCUUACUACAUUUGCCAUAUCAAGCCUUUCAGCCAAGAAGGGAAAACUGGAUAUGGUGCAUAUACAGAAUGCAACUCUGGCUGGGGGAGUCGCCAUGGGAACGGCAGCCGAAUUUAUGAUCUCACCGUACGGUUCUCUCAUCGUGGGCUUCAUCUGCGGGAUAAUCUCCACCUUCGGCUACCUGGUGAUCACUCCCUUCAUGGAGAAGUACCUGAAGAUUCAAGACACAUGCGGCAUCCAUAACCUGCACGCCAUGCCCGGCGUCCUGGGAGCAGUCGUGGGGGCCAUCACAGCGGCUACUGCCAGUGAGGGCGUCUAUGGACAUGAAGGGUUGGUAAACACCUUCGAUUUUAAAGGGAAAUAUGCUGGGAGGACACCUGCCAUGCAAGGAGGCUUCCAGGCCGCCGGUCUUUGUGUUGCUCUUGCUUUUGGAAUCGUAGGUGGAGUGCUAGUAGGUUUUAUUCUGAGACUGCCGUUCUGCUGGGGAGACCCGGCCGAUGAAAACUGCUUUGAAGAUGAGGUGUACUGGGAGGUGCCUGAGGACGAGGAGAGCAUCCUUCCCAUUCUAGAGUACAACAGCCACAUGGUCGGCAAAAAUAGAGACAUGGCCGAGUCUAACUUCACCGUUGAACAGAGCUAAUGCAAGAUGUCUGUAUGACAAAAGAUGAAGCAUAUCACAUCAUAUUGGGACCAAAAAAUAAAAAGGCCGAAAGAAUGUUCAGACCAAGUCUGCGCUGAAGAGAAUAAUAUCCCUGUAAUACCUUUGUGAGGUAUUGGCCUGCCUAAUAGAGCAGAGGCCCAGUAGGGUCAGCUCUUAGUUCAAUUUCAUGUCUUUAGAGUCCUCAAAUUAAUUUAAUCAAUAAGUUGAUGCAUAUAUAUAUAAUUUCUAAAACUAAAGCAUGUAUAUUUUAUAAUCCAACUGUACUACUAGUUCUAGACUUAAACUGCAUUUAGUUUCAAUCAUUCUGGAAAAUGAUGAAAUAAUUAUUGUUUGCUGCUGUGAUAAUGAACUGAAUAUAGACUAUUAUAGUUUUGAUGUUAUGAAUGUGUUAGUUAUUUAUCUAGCUUUUUUCAAGUGUCCAGUGAUGUGAUAUUUUUUCCUUCCUGGUAUGUAGACUAUUAUAUUUGAUUAUGUGAAGGAUUACUUGAGGACUUUUGAGAGUUCAAUGACCUCAGAGUGUUUUUAGACCAUGUAGAAUGCUAACAAUAUUUUUGCAUUUUUAUUUUUAUCAUGAAGCUUUAUAUUCUUUGCCAUUUUAAAUCUAAAAUGCAACAUAAUGUUUAUGCUCAAUGACUUUACAUUGGUGCUAAAAAACUGUGUACUUGCUAAAUUCAAAUGUUUGAACAGCUGUUGUACUUUAUUCUUUAUACUAUUAAGUAUCUAUUAAAUGUUUAAACAUCUAAAAAGUUUCUCUUUUUAUACUUUCAACUGUUUCUUCAAUUGCCUUAAAUAUAAUUAAAGGCAAUUUUGCGCCUUAAAUUUCCGCCAAAUAUCCCAAAUCACUUGUCUGAAUGUUAUAAUUAAUUAAACUCUCGCAAAUACGG